AUGAACUCUCACUGCAUAGGCUUCGAUGAGUACGAGCUAUCGAAAACGAGCACAAACGCAUCCGACUACCGCGAAUCUUCUCUUCCUUACUACGAGCCUGAACAAGACCAAGACCAUGGCGAUUCCCAGUCUCGUCUCCUAUCGGGACAGACCAUACCAGCCAGUGCCAAGGGGACAAUCAUUUCCCGCGUCGUAUCUGUCACCCCCGCUUGGCUGCGCAGGCGAUAUCAUAGGCCAAGGCCCAGGUCCAGGCGGUUCGCGCUCUGCCACAUUAUUCGUCCCCCGCGGUCAUUCCUGCGCAAGUUCGCUCUGUUCGCCUACACCUUUUUCACAACCAUCCUUGUCACCGUCAUCGUUGGAGGUGUCUUCUUCCCAGGCUACACCCACCUGCCGCCAUACUACGUGGACCUCCGACACAAGGCACUGGCUUCUCGUGACGCAGGACGCGCCAACGUGCACAAUCAGAAAGUGUUCAUUGCAGCAAGCAUUUACGACAAGGAUGGGAAGCUCUGCGGUGGAGAUUGGGCAGACAAUGUGCUAGACCUGAUAGAGCUUCUGGGGCCGGAGAAUGCUUUUUUGUCCAUCUAUGUGAAUGACUCGGGCCCAGAGGCGAAGAAGGCUCUGGAUGACCUGCAACGGCGGGUACCUUGUGACCAUGCUCUAGUCUUUGAAGACCAUCUUGAUAUUGGGCAAGUCACUCAUAUAACGGCCCCCGAUGGCUCACAGCGUGUCAAGCGGAUUGAAUACCUGGCAGAGGUGCGCAACCGCGCCCUCAAGCCCCUGGAGAACUCCACCACGACCUAUGACAAACUUCUCUACCUGAACGAUGUGGUCUUUCACCCCAUCGACGCCGCCCAGCUGUUGUUCUCUACGCACAUCGUGGCAGAUGGCAGGACCGACUACCGAGCCGCCUGUGCGGUAGAUUUCAUCAAUCCCUUCAAGUUUUACGAUACUUUUGCAACCCGAGAUAUCGAGGGAUAUAGCAUGGGCUUGCCGUUCUUCCCUUGGUUCUCGGCGAAUGGUGACGAACAGACCCACCAAGAUGUCCUCGACGGCAAAGACGCUGUGCGAGUCAAGAGCUGCUGGGGUGGCAUGGUCGCCUUCGACGCCCGAUUCUUCCAAAAGAGGAACGUCGGAUCAGACGACUUGGUGACGGCGGGCAAUCAGAGCCCAAGCAACCUUUCCGCACCUUAUCGAUUCCGCGCGGAGAAAGAAAUCUACUGGGAUGCUUCAGAAUGCUGCCUCAUCCAAGCGGAUAUCCAAAGCCCCGAGCCUGGAAACUCGGGUAUCUACAUGAACCCUUUCGUCCGGGUUGCUUACGAUACCAAAACCCUAUCCUGGCUCGGUUUUACUCGACGCUUUGAGCGCCUGUACACCCCAAUUCAUUUCUUGCUUGACAUCGUCACCAACGCACCCAGUUAUAAUCCACGCAGAGAUGAGGAGCCGUGGCACGAAGUCAUAGACACAGUUUGGGUCCCAGAUAUGACGUCUGAGCAGGGAGGUUCUUUUCAACAGGUGGCCAGGAUUGCCACCCACACUGGGUUUUGUGGACGCCAGGGUUUUACAGUCAUGAAGGAGAACAUUACUGAAGGUGAAAGAAACUGGGAAGGGAUCAAAAUUCCUUCUUCGUGA